AUGUCCAACGUUACAAAUAAUCAUUGUGCAAAAGAAACCUUGCCACUUCCAAAUCAUACUAAGGCGAACAGUCGCAAUACAGGUACGAAAUACAAAACCCUGGGCGCCGGCGAUCAAGCGGGCGAUCGAUACGGUAGCCAGGCCUUGAAAUUGGCCCCAACGCCCGAUGAAAUUUUCAUUCUCGCUGGAUUACCGCAAGCCAUGCAAUUCUUAAAAGCCGAAAGUGGAAUUGCAGACUGA